AUGUUGCUCAUCUCGAAUGGUGUGCUCGUGAGAACUGCCAAAAACAGGGUGGAUAAUCAGAUAACAACGACUGGAGAUUUUUCUCAUAGAAGGUGGAGUUUCUUUCGUCGAAGAGCCAACAUUGUUGAGGAGGAGUCGAGUGAUGAUUCAGAUGAAGAUUUGAUCAAGGACAAUCUAGAAGCUACAGACACCUAUUUUCAGCGUCUUCCUGAUUGCAUCGGACGACUGGGUUUAUCUGCUAUUCAGGAGAUGAUGGCCGCACUAAGAAUUCUUGCAUAUGGUGGUCCAAUGGAUAGUCUUGAUGAAUAUAUCAAAAUUGGUGAGUCAACUGCGAAGGUAGCGCUUACCAAAUUCUGUGAAAAUAUUUUGGUUUUGUACAAGGAUCAACAUUUGAGGACACCUACCAUGAAUGACACUAUGCACCUAAUGGAAGAAAAUGCAGCAAGGGGAUUCCCUGGCAUGAUAGGAUCACUUGAUUGCAUGCACUGGGAGUGGCAUGGGUGUCCUUCCGCCUAG